AGGCGCACAGGAGGCGACGCCUGAGGGGAAUGGGAACGUGAGGGGGAAGGAGGCGCGGCCUUCCCAGUCGACGGCUCCUGUGGGAAGCCCAUCCUUCCCAACACUCGUUUCCGUUCCCGCUUCCUUUUCCUUUCCCCCUUCCUGUCAUUCCAAGCCAACCCCAUUCCGGCCCCCGCGGCCUCGUCGGCCCUUUGGCCUGAACCACUUCCGGUGUGUGUGCCUUCCCUCAGAGGCGCCCCGGAAGGAGCCAGGCCCCGAGGGGGCGGCCACCACAACCCCCUCAGCGCCCAGAUGGCCGCCAACGUGGGAGACCAGCGCAGCGCAGACUGGGCCCCACAGUAUAAUCUGGGGACGGGGCCGGCCCGGGAGAACGGCAUGGAGGCCCCGAUGCACGAGAACCCCGAGUGGGAGAAAGCCCGGCAGGCCCUGGCCAGCAUCAGCAAAGCCAACGCAGCCUCCAGUUCCAGCAAAAGUUCCAGUAACGGCCCCAGUGCCGGCGCUCAGUACACAGCUCAGCAAGCGGACGCCACGGCCCUCCAGCAGCAGCAGUAUUAUCAGUGGUACCAGCAGUACAACUAUGCUUACCCGUACAACUACUACUACCCCAUGAACAUGUACCAAGGCUACAGUUCACCGGGACAGUACAGCAUGGCCGGCUCCUACGCCUCCACCACCCCUCAGCAGCCAGCCACACCCGGACAGCACCAGGGCAGCCUCAGUCAGCCUCCACUGCCCAGCAUGGACGAUGGCCUGGCCUACCCCGCGCCCCCGCAGCCCCUUCCGGCGGCCCAACCCCCCCAGCCGCCCCCACCCCCACACCCCGGCCACUCCCUGGGCAGCGGGAGCCAGCCGGGGGCCGCCUCCGGUGCCCAGCAGCACGGCCAGUCGGGCCCGGCUGGCUCCACGUACGGGCCCCACGUCUACUCGGAGCCCGCCAAGCCGAAGAAGGGUCAGCAGCUGUGGAACCGGAUGAAACAAGCCCCUGGGGCAGGCGGCCUCAAGUUCAACAUCCAGAAGCGGCCGUUUGUGGUGACCAAUCAGAAUUUCGGCUCCAGCAGCGAAGGGCAGCCGCACGGCAACUUUGGGACUCAGCCCAGUUCUGAGAAGGCCCAGAACCACAGCCUGCCCCCGACGCGGGGCUCGACCUCGGGAAAGCCGGAGGACUGGCCGCAGGACAUGAAGGAGUACGUCCAGCGCUGCUUCACCGCCUGCGAGUCGGAGGAGGACAAGGACCGCACGGAGAAGCUGCUCAAAGAGGUUCUGCAGGCCCGGCUGCAGGACGGCACCGCCUACACCAUCGACUGGAGUCGGGAGCCGCUGCCGGGGCUGGGUCGGGAGCCCGUGGCCGAGAGCCCCAAGAAGAAGCCGCCGCCGCCGCCGCCGCCACGCUGGGAGGGCUCGCCCGCCUUGCACCCGUCCCGGGGUGGAGCAGGAGGGACCACGGGGAGGGGCGGGGGUGGGGGCGGGGCAGCCCAGUCCCAGCGGGGGACUGGGAGCGGGGGGAGGGGCCGGGGCAGCAGCUUCCCCACCAAGUUUGGCAACCGCAAUGUGUUCAUGAAGGAGAACAGCUCGUCGUCCAGCAGCGACUCCCGCUCCCGCUCAUCCUCGCGCUCCCCCUCCCGCCACUUCCGCCGCAGUGACUCGCACUCAGACUCGGACAGCUCCUACUCGGGCAACGAGUGCCCCCCGGGGGGGCGUAGGAACCUCCCCAAAGGCCGGGGCGGCCGUGGGGCGCACAUGGACCGCGGUCGGGGCCGCAUGCAGAGGGGCAAGAGGCACGAGCUGGGCUCGGCCAAGCGGAACCGGAAGAAGCCGGCCGCCAUGGACUACGAGGACCCCGAGCGGGAGCUGAAGAAGCAGAAGCGGGCGGCCCGGUUCCAGCCCGGCCACGGCCACGGCCACGGCCACACGAAGCGCUUGCGGCUGGAGCCCCUGGUGCUGCACAUGGGCAGCCUGGAGUCGGGGCCCGCCGACCCCGACUGGAACGAGCUCAAGAUCGUGGGCACCUGCCCCGACAUCACCAAGCAUUACCUCCGCCUCACCUGUGCCCCGGACCCUUCCACCGUGCGACCCGUGGCGGUUCUGAAGAAAUCCUUGGUCAUGGUGAAGGGUCACUGGAAGGAGAAGCAAGAUUACGCGUUUGCCUGUGAGCAGAUGAAGAGCAUUCGCCAGGACCUGACUGUUCAGGGUGUCCGGACGGAGUUUACCGUGGAGGUGUACGAGACGCACGCCCGCAUCGCUCUCGAGAAGGGAGACCACGAAGAGUUUAACCAGUGCCAGACCCAGCUCAAAUCCCUGUAUGCAGAGAGCUUGCCCGGCAACGUGGGCGAGUUCACGGCCUAUAGGAUCCUCUACUACAUCUUCACCAAAAACUCAGGAGACAUCACCACAGAGCUGGCCUACCUGACGAAGGAGCUGAAGGCCGACCCCUGCGUGGCCCACGCCCUGGCGCUCCGAGCGGCCUGGGCCCUGGCCAACUUCCACCGCUUCUUCCGUCUGUACCGCACGGCCCCCCGCAUGUCCGGCUACCUGGUGGACAAGUUCGCCGAGAGGGAGAGGAAAGCAGCCCUCAAGGCCAUGAUCAAAACCUUCCGGCCGGCGCUGCCGGUGUCGUACGUGCGGGGGGCACUAGCAUUGGACAGUGAGGAGGCCUGCCAGGCGUUCCUGGCUCCCCUGGGCCUGGCCUACACGGGGCCCGACGCCGGCCACAUCGACUGCCGCCUCAGCCUGGCGCUGCUACCCAACUUCUAGACCUUUGACACCCCCAAUAAAAUCCACUUUUUCUCCCUCCCUCCCCCCCCAACCCCACUCCCCUCUUCCCCACAGCGUAGCUCCCCCGCCCAGAGCCGGCGCAGAAGACGGGGAGAACGGCCGGGGGUGGGGAGAAGGCCCCGGCGGGGAUGGGGACGGGGAGGUGGGAGGGCCGCCUCUGUGAGGGCGGCUUCCGCUGAUGAGGAAGACCAAGGGCAGCAGGGGACGGGGUGGUGGGCACUAUAGUCUUCUUCUUCCCUCCAGAGGCACCGAGCCCCC